GCAUCUUAAUCUUGUAUAGAUAAGGCAAUGCUCUCCACUAGAUCACAACAGUUUUAAGUCUUAGAACGAUGCUCAAACAUCAAAGUUGAGCGCUUGUUAAUUCUGACUCUGACUAGUUGAGCAUUGAGUGCGCUACUGACUUUCUUUUGUAAAAUGUUUGUUUUGAAGUUAAUUGUUUUUCUGUUGCCUGUACUUUGGGGAGCGUCUUGUGUGGCAGCAGUCCAGCACACAGAUCGACUGAUAGCAAGUGGAUAUGGGCGCCCAUGGAUACCUACAACACCAGAGGAAUCGAAACGUACCAACAUACAACUCCAGAUACAAAAAUUCGAGGAAGAUGUGAACGCUUCCAGGGUACUUCAGAAGAAUGAUAGAGACCAAAUGGUGAACUGGGCUGAUGAGUUCCAGAUCAAGCGGUUAGAUGUCACUAUGAGGUAUAGGAUGCAGAUGAUCAGACAUCAGGAACAUAGCUUGAAGAGCAAUGGUAAUCCUAAGUGGCUAGAGUGCCUCUUCGUCCAUAGAAAGGAGAUCAGGCGUUCCAUACACCUGUACUAUGAGAGUGAACACCUGUGCUUGAAGGCAGCCACUUCUAAGGAUGAAGAGUCCAAAGAACCUGCUGAGCAGUUGGAUAAACAAAUAGUGAAAUGGAGGAAAGGUUACCGCUAUUUAGUAAACCUCUGCAGAGACGAGCACCCUACAUCAAAGCAACAAGAGCAAGAGUGUUUAGUUGAAUACAUGCAAAACGACAAAUACAACGAAGUGAUCCGAAGGCUGAUGUUACUGAAACAGACCGCCACUAGCGACCUCUACGCGUACUACAACUCCUCGCUGAUAGACCUGGAGGAAUGCCUGAAGACGAACCUGUCGCGAUACCUGGACAGGAUCCGAAACAUCAUGGAGACCUUGAAUAAAUGCUAUACUAUUACCACGUGAA